GUUUCUCACAACUACCACUUCAUCACAGUUCAUUGGCUUCGCACACUCAAAAUGGACGACGACCACAAAAUGAUGAGAAAAAGCUACGUAACAAACGCCAAGGCGUUCAGGACGAUUGCUCUCCAGCGCUGGCCCAAGCCCCAGACGAAAAACGACUCCGGUCUGGCAUGCCUUGUGGCUGUCGUCCGGCAUCUUCUCAGUUGUUUCCCACGCCAACUACGCGUCGAAAUUGCGGAGACCGCUGAAUGCUCAGAAGCCCUCAAAGGCUUCCUACAAAGCGAUACGGAGCUUUCCUUCAAGAGUUUGCGUCGAGUCUUUGACCAGAACAAUCCCAUGACGUUCGAAAGCCUGAUUGAGCAGCCUCCAAUGGUGAGCAUGCUACAGGACCGCCCGUGUUUUCAGUUCCACUGCGGUGAAUACGCCACUCCGAACGGAGGUCCUCGUGAAGGCCAGACUCAGUUUCUUCAAGUCGCAGCCACAGGUAUGGAGUGGGACGGCACCGGGCAACAAUCGCUCACGGAGCACAUCCGACAGCACGAGAUGUAUCGGAAAUUCCUCGAAAUUCAGACAGCCGUCAAUUCAGAACGGGCCCCGAGCACCCCGCUAAUGAUCCGGCUCAAGUACACCAACAAGGCUCAUGGCAGGUGGUUCCCUUCGGAUCUGUCAUCCUUCUCGCUACGGAACAGUUUCCCCGAAGACUCCGCGCCCAGCCCCAACGACAUCUUUCGAUACUACGCAGUGGCUGUAAUCAAGCUCCGCCGGUCGGACAACGAGGAUGAUAGCUUGCGUCUAUACGACGAAUAUGGCAACCCUCUGGAAUACUCCAGACGUGUGGACAAGACCGUUGCACCUUGGUCAGAGGAGUGGACCAUUGAGAACGAAGGCGAGUAUGUGAUUUACUACAUUCGCAACAGCAGUCCCGUCACUCCUCCCUCUCAUCCACUGGUGACCGUCUCACCGCCGCAGAGGACAAUCCUACUUCAGAAGAGUCGACAAGCAUUUGAGGCUUCGAAAAUGGGCCAGAAUCCACCGCAGCUGUCAUCCAACGAGACACACUCGCCACCGGCGCAAAGCCAGCAACAAAGAGACCGACAGCGUGCGGGUAUCCUAUCGAAUUCCACUUCCCGUCCCGUAGUGUCCCACUCCGAUCAGGAAACUGCAGAGGACGCCAAGGAGAACGAUCAACGUCAAGUGUUUACUAAGAAUAACGAGCAGGAACAGACGAGCUCUCCCAAGAGCGUCAUGUCACCCCCUUUUUCAGACAGCGAAUCUGAUUCCGAUGACGACGAUGAGCCACACCCGCAACUUGACGAGAAAAUUCUAUUCUUGUUGGAUGACGCCAUGGCAAAGUCAACUGACACAACCAGGAGAACAGCAUCCAAUGUCGAGCCACGAUCACGGUCAUCGGCAAGUCACAGCGUCAUGCCACACCUGAGAAAUCAAGUUUCAAACAGGGAUCAGGUAGCUUCUUCGGUCCGACCCGAAGAUCCCCAGAAAUCGCAAGGCGUCCGUCAUACACGGCAUCAGCAGGCACAAAGGGGCGGCAGCCUUGUGGGUCAGAAGCCUCCGCAUCCGAAGGCGGCUGCACCAUCAGCCUUUUCUCGAACACAGCCCGAGUACCAUGAUAGAGCAAAUAGCGAACGGAGGACUGAUGAUAGAGGCAUCAUGCAGUCACCUUCGCGGCAGUUUUACCCGGGUCGGUCGCGAGAAUCAUCGCCGACUGAUCAGUACCUAUGGAAGGCGACGAGAUAGUUGGAGAGAUAGAUCCCCUUUGGAUCACCGUCGUGCUGGCCGCGAUGACCGCGGCACAGGCUCACAAACAGGAGAGCCGCCACGCACGCCACCACGUCGACCUCGAAACAGCAUGGGAGGUAAGGACAACCGUCAUGGAAGCUUCCGUCGACACUAGCGGCGCUACAUGCCUGCAUGCACAAAGUGGUACAAACGGUGGUGAUAAUAGACUCGAAAGCAACAGGGGAGCAGGGACCCAUUCGAU